AUGGCCCUUGUAGCUGCUGGCUCUAUUUUCUUCCCAGGACUUUUUCUUCUCUCGAAGAAGAGUCUGAAACACAUGAUGGGAUGGAGCGAGGGGGAUGCUGCGAUCGUUUCAACACGGUAAGAACACACACAUCCUCACAGACACUCAAACAAAUGUUGUUAGACUCAAGAAGCUUGAUUGUAUUGUAGUCUAUGAGGAAAAUUAUUAACCUCUGUUACCUUUUUCUUUAGCUUUUAAUGCUUAAUGCCACUUUGAAGUCUUGGUCAAUAUGGUAUGAAGUUAAUCUUUCAAACUACAGUCCUGUUCAUUAAAAAAAACAACGUUUCUGUCACAAGGAUUGUUCCUUAGAAAAAUCUACGCGUUUCAGUUGGACCCAAAUGUUUCUUCACUUGGAUCAAAUAACCGGAGAACUUCUAUUCAGCAUACCCUUUUCUUAGAGCACACCAAAGACACCUGCACAGGAAAAUAUGGCCGCAAUGUUUUAGGGAUGCUUGGUAUCCACUCCUCUUACAGGCCCUUCCAAAACUAAGGUGCUUUCAGAAGUCAAGAUAUGACAUAUUUGGCUUGACUGAAAGUCAAAAGAGAUACAUAUGAGUGUAUUUAUCUUUUGUGACAGUUGUGUUCUGAAUGAAAAAAGCAACAACAUUUGAUUGUACUUUGUAUUGUUUUCUUCUUUCUCUCAGAUUUGUGUCCUCUGUCCAAGCCAUCAUGGCCUCUUCAGCUGGAUGUAUCAUCAGCUCAUCCUGCAGGGAGAUAAUAGAGGACAGGUGAGGAUCACUUUUCUCCUGUUUACCCUUCAUCCCCCUUUCCUCUUCCAUUCUCACCUCCCUUCUUCUUUUAACGUUUUUCAGAGGGUGUCCACACAGUUACAAUGCCCUGAAAUGAAACUGCCCUCUCCAAAUGGUUAGCUGAUGCUAGCACGCUGACUUGAUAAACUAAGAAGCCGAAUAAAGGCACCAUCACUGACUCUUAACGCUCCUCCGUUAAAGGAAACACCAAGUCAAGACAACAUAAGUUGUACAGAAGAGCACAGCUGUUUUUAUUACCCCCAGUGUGAUGACCUAUGAUUCCUCUUACACCACCACAACAAGUCAGACUAAGUAUUCACUUUGCCCAAACCUGCCAAACAUAACGGUAGUAUGACUGUCUGGCUCCCUCUCCUUUCUGGGUUACUCCUGUAUUGUUGUUAUUGUUGGGACAUGAAAACUGAAGCAGUCUAAUGUAACCUGUCUACAUUUUUGGUAUGCCUCACAUUAGCUUACUUUUUGAUCAUAUCUGAUCGGUUUGCUUGUUUUAUAUCUAUAUCAGAAGAAUUGUAUACAUUAAAUCAGUGAAAUAUGAUCAAAUGAAGAGGAUGAAGAAUCAAAUCACAAUUUCACUAUUUUUUAUAUAAAAGAUAGAAAUAAUUUGUGUUUAGAUACUCGCAGGCAGCAUGAGUGCGUAUGACCUGAACCUCAGUCUAUAAUCUAAUUAACAAUCUAAGCUGAACAGCAGCAGAGCUAUUUCAGGCUCUAAGACAGUCACAGAGAUCACUAAUCCUCCUUACUGAGGACAAUGGGAAACUCAUUUAUGCACAGGCAGAGUGUGGGACAGAGGACACAUGAUGGGCUGGGUGGUUCAAUGAAUUCCAGGUUUUCUCUGUCAGCCCCUCAUUUCCCAGUCAAAGUGGAGAGGUUUGUCUGUAUUUGUUUAAUCAAAUCAAACCAGAAAGGGCAAAACUAAGCAGCAUCCAGUACCAACACAAUUUCAACUCUUAUCUUAGUCAUCUUCAAUAAGGGAGUUUUCCUGUUUGUCAUUUAAUGCUUUUUAAAGUUGACCAGGUUUGUGAAUUUUCUUUUAAACCAUCACUAUCAUUAUUUGACUUCCUUCUCACUCUGAUUCCUUACCAGACAUUGGCUGACUGACUCCUACAUCCUGUUUGCGACGCCUUACUUUGCCUAUGACAUCUAUGCAAUGUUCCUGUGUCACUGUCGUAAGCUGAAGGUCAAAGGUCAUGAAGAGGAGAAAGAAGUGGGGAUCGAGUCGAUGGGAGCAGCUGUGGUGGGUUUCCUGCGCAAAGAGCUGCUCAUGGUGCUUCAUCACAUCUUCGUGGUGGCCUUUUGCUUCCCUGCAUCUCUGGUAACAACAAGAAUGACUACAACCAUGGUGAUGGUGUCUUCAACAUCCAAGUGAUCUUAACUUUUGCACUGUGAUUAUGUGUGUGUGUGUGUGUGUGUGUGUGUGUGUGUGUGUGUGUGUGUGUGUGUGUGUGUGUUACAGCUGUGGCGGCAGGGUAAAGGUGAUUACUUCCAGGGCCUCCUGUUUUUAGCUGAGCUCAGCACCCCAUCUGUCUGUCUGGGGAAAGUCCUGAUCCAGGUAGGCACACCUUCAAGCAACAACCCACACCCACCCCCACCCCUCUGUGUAAACUGUGUGUGUACAAUAUUUCCUCAGUCACCUUAAACUCAACAAAGAGGUUGUGUGAUUCCAAAAACCCGAUUUCUCAUACUGAAAUCAAUAUUAAUCACAUUUUUUGUAGUGGUUAGCCCUGUCACCCCAAAGCGAGUAGGUCGUGUGUUCAAAUCUAAGUCAGGACCUUUCUGUGUGGAGUUUGCAUGUUCUCCCUGUGUCUGUGUGGGUUUAUUCCAGGUACUCUGGUUUCCUCCUACAUCCCAAAAACAUGCAGAAGUGGGGUUAGGUUAAUUGGCCACUGUCAAAUUGUCCAUAGGUGUGAAUGUGAGUGUGGAUGGUUGUUUGUCUCUAUAUGUCAGCCCUGCAAUGAACUGGCAACUUGUCCAGGGUGUCCCAUGCCUUUGCCCCAGGAUGCUGGGACAGGCUUGAACCCCCUGCGACCCCCUCAGUGGGAUAAGCGGUAGAGAAUGGGUGGAUGGAUUUUCGGAAAAAUGUAGAGUUGUUGUGUUUGCUGCAGUGGUCCUGAAGGUUAUUUCAGGACCAAACAAGAAAUGAUUUCAGAAAAUAAACUUCAAAUCUGUUUUUUAAUUUGAUGUCACAUGUUUCCAUUUUGUGUGGAAACAUGUCAUCACAUUUCAUUCAAAUCAAAUCAAAACUUUAUUCAUAAAGUGCUUUUUAUACAAAAGGAUCUAACACAAAGUGCUUUACAGUCCAUAAAAAACAAAAACAAUCCCAAGUACCCCACACAACUAUGAAACCCACAGUCAACAGUCACAUACAGUCUUACCUAAAGCCACAUACACACACAGACAGACACCCACACACACACACACACACACACACACACAAACACACACACCAACGCACCCACAUGUAUGCAUGGCAAGAUAGCGUACAUAAAGGUGAGUACAGAUGAACCAGUUGAGAGUUGAGAAAGCACAAUCAGAGGAGCUGUCAGCACCAGGAGCAGAGAACCGCACACAGCUGCAGAACACCAAUGCAGGGCCCAGAGGGGAUAUGUAGCAGACACCAACCUCUAACAGGAACCCUGUGACAGGCCCGUGCAACCACAGCUGACCACCGCUCCUGGGGCCGAGGGGUCCACCAGAGGAAUUAGUUAAAUCAUUAAUUAUUUGUGCUUUCUGUGAAUUUUUUUUAUUUAGAAUUUUUUUUGUGUGUUUCUUAAAGUUUAUUUCUAUCAUUUUUAGGAUGAAAUGUUUAUUUAUUUACUUUAUUUUCUUUGCCUUCUCUCCCCACCCCCCACCCCCCUAGUACAGGAAGCAGCACACUCUGCUACAUAAAGUGAACGGGGGCCUCAUGCUGCUCACCUUCCUUGGCUGUAGGGUGUUACUCUUCCCAUACCUGUACUACGCCUACAGCAGGUAACUGAACCAACCAGCAGGCCUGCAAUGCUGUACAUCAACCAAUCACAUUCACUCACCUUAGAGCUGCUUUGGGUUCCUUUUACUUACAUGUUUUAUAUUAAAGUGAAUAUGCAGGUGCAGUUCAAAUUCUUGAUAUCUUUUCUGCAGUACAGUUGUGGUUGCAUGCCUUGUUUAGUUUUCUUAAGUUGUGACUUGUAAAUGCACCAGAACUUUGGAAUUUGAAACUAAUGAUAAAAAUGUGAACGUGCUGAUGUUUAAUAUGAUAAUAGUGAUAUGAAAUAUUACAAUAUUGUGAAUAUAUUCAUUAGCAUGCUAGUAUAACCCUAUUAAAAUAGUUUGUAGACUAACCACAUUAUUUAAGUUUAGAUAGUUUAGGUAAGUAUAACAUUUACACAUUUGACUGGUAUUAUUUUAUGAUGUGUAGAGUUUUAUACUUGUUUUCUAAAUCUAAAAUGAAGAAGCUAAGCUGCCUGUGCACACUUCUGCUGCUGUAAACAGCAUUCAUUCAAGUGCCGGUAGCUGGAUGCCUUUAUAACACAUAUUGUAUCUUGUGGCAUAUAUCAAUGAUUAUAGGCUGUAAUUAAAACUUCUUUCUCAUAUCAAUGCUUCUUGUCAAAUUUGACUUUAGCGGGGGGUUAUUCACAGCUUUCUCGUUCUCAAAUAUUUGCGAAUUUUUUCUUGUGAAUUAAUUACUUAAAUGUCGUAAAUAUGAAUUUUGUGAAUUUACCAUAGACUGUAUAUACUAUGGACAAUGUGGUUCUGUCCUCCACCAGUAUACGGAUUUGAAGUCGAAAAGCUUUCAGUAUUUCCACGUUUUUACUCCACUUCCUGAAACUAACAUUGCGCAGUAGCGUUGUACAUAUUUCACUACUUGCGCAGUAGCGUUGUACAUAUUUCACUACUUGCGUAGUAGCAUUGUACGCAUUCAGCGGGAGAGUCGCCGAGAGCCGCAGUGAUGACACUCGGCUCAAACAGCGUAUCCCCCUGGUGAGCUACACAAUCUUCGUACGCCCAUAGGCUGUAUCAAGUAUCAAUCAUAGAAAACACGAACUGCCGAAUAACUUUAAAGAAUGGAGCUGCACAGAAAAAAGAGGACUUGAACACAAAUCAGUGUUACAAUAACUACAUGUAAACAUCGCAACCAUGGGGGAGAAAAAUUUAUAUUCUGUGUAAUUAAUUUCUAAAGUUUGUCCACAGCUCCAUAGGAUUGCUGGAGGAGGCAGGAUUUAUGACGUAUACUGCAGCCCGUCACCAGAGGGUGAUGUUCUUGCAGUGGCUCCCAGCUAGGAGGCUCUCUUACCCUUUAAACUUUUUCUAAUCUUGUACGACUGUAUGUUUAGUCUUUGAAAAUUACAAGAAAAUUCUGUAAAUUUACAGAAAUAAACUUUUAAAUGCAUAAAUUUAUACUUAAGUCUAAAACCUUUCUCCUCUUGAUUAAAUUCUCUGACAUAAACAACUCUCUUUUUGUAAAUUUGCUCAGGAGCUGAUAAGUAACUCCCUUCGCUCUGUGUUUCAGAUAUGCAUCCAUACCGCUGUACUCUGUGCCCCUAGUGGCCCCGUGGCAGUGUAACCUGGGGGCCGCUCUGCUCUGGCCCCUCCAGCUUUACUGGUUUGCUCUGAUCUGCAGAGGAGCUUUCCGCCUAUUCAUCACUGGACAUUCAAAGCCACCAACAACGAAUGUCAAAGCUGAGACCUGUAUGAAACAGAGCAAUGACUGGUCAAGUUCUCAGGAGUAUGGACGGACAGGAGGACACUGAAACGUGAAAAGAAAGAGAAGACACAAGACCCAAAACCAGGAGGCGGACUUGAAGCCUCAACUUGGAGGGACUGACAUGAAAGCUCUGUUUAACACGGAGAAACCCUGCUAAGUUUUUUUAAAUUUCAAAACUGUCAGCACUGAGUGUCAGAGGAUCAACGAAGAGUCAAAUAAAGACAGAGUAGAAAGAUAAAGACUCAACGUUUUCUAUGAGGAACUUGUACCAGGUGAAGGGACAAAUGAAAUCAACAUUCAAGAAGUUAAUUGAUUUAAAAUGUUAACCCAAACAGCAACAACAAACCCACAAAGGCAAAGGCUGAAGUUAGCUCUCUGGGAUGAAUAUAGUGAUGGUGAGAUAACGGCACCCUGAUCACAGAGAUGUUUAGAACUCUUCCACCAUCACAAAAAAAACAAAAAACAAAAAAACAAAAACUGAUACAGAAAAUGGAAAUACAAACAGAAACAGUUAAUUAUCC